AUGUAACAUGUCAGAAUCGAAUUCUCCAUCUACAUUAACCUCCGAACCAUCGCAUCCUCGUGGCAGAGGUCGUGGAAAGUCCCGAGGUGGACUAGGCAAGUACCUCCGUGCACGAGGCCGUGGUCGAGGCGGCCGUCCAGCGGAAUUUCACAAGCGCCUCGUACUGGAGGACGAAGAAGUGGUCGAUCUCGACCCUGAUUCUGAAGAGGCGAAAGAGCUGCAGAAGAAGUACGCACGACGACAACUUGGAUCUAAUGCCGAUCGUUAUGCGGAGCUCGAGCCCGAGUUGGAUUCUGACGGAGAGGAGAUUCGUGAACCGGAGAUUGACCUUUCGUCGUUUCUGGCGAGACAGCGGUUAUCGGACGUGUCGGAGACGACUGUAGUGGCACUGCCUCAAGUCGAUGAUGAUGAUAUUGACCAUGAACUCGCACAUAUUUCGUCUCAUCGUAUUCCACCUCCGACUUCUCAGAAGGGACGCGUACAGGCGAUUGAGUGGGAUGCAGAACUGGAGGAGAUGAGUCGCGAGAAGGCUGCCGCAGAUGCAAGUCGAGAUCUGAAGGCUCGAUUCCGUGCAAAGUCGGAGAAACUUAAAGCGAAACCUCUAUUUGCACGCGAUAGAAAACAAGAUGACAACUACUCUGAGGCCCCAGCGCUUCCCACUGAUGCACCAAAGGCACCCAAAGUGGAGAUGGAAGAUUUUCUUGAUGAGUUGCUUGCCUAACAUCAAGGCUUUUUUUACUGUGACCUGAUUAUCACACCAUGUGAAGA